UAACUGAGGAGUUUAAUAUUCUUGUCGUGAUUUUGUUUCUCAGGUAACAAUUUGGUGGGCUGGUCUCAUGCGUGGAGCAGUUUCUAUCGCACUUGCUUACAAUCAGUUUACUCGGUUGGGCCAUACUAAAUUGCGUGAGAAUGCCAUCAUGAUCACUAGUACCAUCACUGUUGUACUCUUCAGCACAUUGGCAUUUGGGUUGAUGACAAAGCCACUUGUAAGGCUAUUGCUUCCUUGCGUCCCCACCAUCGACACCAAAAUCAUUCACAGUGCCACUUCUUGGCAGUGGAAGAGAGGAUUCAUCAAGGACCAAUGGUGGCACCCCAAAUUAAUAUCGUGGAGUGUAUAGAAAUGUGAAGUUCAUUCUGUGAUAGCAGACAAACAACAACUAAGCACAGUUGUUUGCAGGUUCCCAUUCAUGUUACCUCAGUACUAGGUACAAUUUUGAUUCCAUGUCCAACUAACCAAAUUUUCUCAGUUUUGGAAAAUGUUGCUGCCUAAUCUAUCUCAUCAUUUAUGUAACACACAUAUAUAAUUGGAGGGGGCAAAUUAAAAGGCCCAAGGUCAAUUUAUGCUCACCUAUCUUAACCAUCUUGUUUUCUUCUACCUGUCCUUUGCCAAUAAAAUACUCACUGGGUUACUAUAAUGUAAACAAAUCACACUCUUGCUUACUUCACAUUUUUUACGAUUUUUUCCCAUCAAUCACUGUGGCUCACAAAAUUUCCCAUAUAUAUAUAUAUAUCCUAUGCCAUUGCCCUGCACCACACAAUUUUACAUUUUUUCUCUCAUUUACUUUAAUUAUUUAACCAUAUAUUCAUUUUCACAUCAUUUACAAUAUAUUUUUUUACAUGAUUUUUGAGAACCCGACAAAGUUCCAAGUUAGCACAAACAAAAGGUCCAAACAGGACCAGAGAGCGUAAUAAAGUACGCAUUUAUCACCAAUGACUAAGAACCAAACCAGCAGAGAAAGUACGAUUCAAGCCAACCGUCUCCUUUGACAAUAAGAUGCAUGUUAAAACAAUCAACCAACUUCGAUGUAAUGCAUGUAAUAUUGUUAUAUUUUUGUUAUUGUGGUGUUUUUAUUUCUCUAUUGCGAUAGCUAUUGAUUGCAUUGUGUUCACUUGCAAUGUGAAUGACCAGCUUUUCUUUCUUUUUCCGACGUAAAAAGCAAAGCAAAUAAAUAUGCAAAAGCCAAGGAAGGAAGCCAUGAUGAGGUAAAGUUAUUUACUAGGAUAAUUGUAUUACUACGACAGUAAGGUCCGUGCUUCUUGUCUUAUUGGAAAUUUAUAUAUUUUGAUAAAUCUGUUCUUAGCCAGGGGGGAAAUAAAGCAAAUACCAGGGGACAACUUCUUUACUCCUACAAAUUUUUGUUCUAUUUUGUUUCCCAAUGAAUCAUUUUCAUCAACUAGAUCAUUUCUUAAACAAUUUAGCAUACGCAACCUAGUUUUCUUUUCCUGGCACUAGAUGAUGCUAACAUUUAUGUCACUUUUCCAGUAGUUGUUUUCCUUCAAGUGUGGUGCACUCCCACAACCAUUAAAUAAUAAUAUUCAUAAUGCAAUUCAUGAACUGUAAGAUGAUGCAAUUCUUUUGUACAAAUCUUCUAGCUGUUGGAUUAACAGAUUCUUUAAUUUCUUGAUAAGCAUUCAAUUUCCUUCUUCAAUUCCAUUUUU